AUGUCAGACUCUUCUUCACCAGGGGGGGAAAGUUUGUCCUCUUCGUCGUCGGUCCAACCGGCCAAAAGACGGAAGAGAGAGGAUAACGAUGACGCCUUAUCAGCGCCGGAUGCGGAGCUUAUCGAGCUCGAUAACAGUUCGAAUGGGGAGGAAGGUUCCCCAAUUUUGGAAGAGGACGCGGCGGAUUCUGAAGCCUCUUCUGACCCGACCUGGCAACCCUCUUCUCAGGGGACCUCAGAGAGUGAGCCCUUCUCUGAAGGGGAAUCGGAGUCGGAGCCCUUCUCCGAGCCGCCGUCGGGGGACGAUUCCAUCGCUGACAUCCCCUCAGCCUCCCAGAACGGCGACGAGGAGGAGGGAGAAAGUGACGAUGACGACGACGACGACGAUGAAAUUUUCGCGGAACGGGGACCGAAAGUAGAAAAACCUCCGUUUUCUUUUGAACAACUCAUGGAUGAGGUUCAGGAGUGGAUCGACGGAACCAUUCCCGACCAACAAAUCGAUCCUUUGAUAGAAGAAGAGGAAUCGUCCCUGGAUCCCUCGACGGUUGCUGGGUCGGAUUCGGAGGAGGAGGAGGAAGAGGAAAAUUAGGAAAUGAUUAAUAAUUG